GCGUUGCGUCAUCGCUGCCGCUGUCAACACAGAAUAACAAUGGCGGCUCCCAGGACAGGCAUGAGCGGUGUAAACACAACGAGUUUUCAGAAGAAAUCCCGCAGCAAACUCAUUUCUAUCCCGGGAACCAGACCGUCUGUGCAAAACGGACAGCUGAUAGUUUCCACCGGUGUAACCUCGCUUGACUACGUCAUCGGUGGUGGGCUUGCAGUGGGAUCUCUGCUACUUGUAGAGGAGGACCGAUAUGACAGCUACUCCAGAACGCUGCUCAAAUAUUUCCUGGCAGAAGGUGUUGUGUGUGGACAUGAACUCUUCCUGGCAUCUGCCCGAGAUCACCCGGACGAGAUCAUGCAGGAACUCCCUUCACCAAUUAUGGAUGAUGUUGGCGGUGUAAAGAUGAAUGAUGCCCAACCACGUGACGCAGAGAAUCAAGACACAAUGGCAAUCGCCUGGCGCUACCAGAACCAACCCAAAGUUCAGACUGCAUUAGCGUCAUCAUUGAGGUUUGGACAUUACUAUGACGUGUCUAAGACAAUGGAGCCUGAGGUUCGACGAGCAGUCAAGUGUCACAGUUUUUAUCCACUACAAGAAUCGCCAACAACUACAGGAUCAGGCCAGUUAUCGUCACCCUAUCACGCUCUCCUCCAGUCCAUCCAGGCGGUCAUCCGGAAGGAAGGCUUUGAUGGAUCUGCACCGCAGUCUAAGGUUCGAAAUGUCCUCCGUCUGGGUCUUCACUCUCUUGGAUCAUCGUUGUGGGGUGACGAUCUGUGCUGCACGGAUAAUCCCGCCCAUUGCCACGCCCUCACCACCUUCCUUUAUGCACUACGAGCCCUGUUACGCACUUCACUCUCAGUCGCUAUGGUCACUGUGCCCUCCCACCUCAUACAGAACCGAGCUGUAAUGGGAAAAAUAAUCCGAUUGAGUGACACAGCCAUCGCUCUGGAGUCAUUCAAAGGUUCAGAGAAAGAGACCAACCCACUUUACAAAGAUUACCACGGUCUCCUACAUGUACGUCAGGUGCCCCGUCUGAACUGUUUGGUUUGUGAGGUACCGGAUGCAAAAGACUUGGCUUUCAAACUGAAGAGAAAGCAGUUUACAAUCGAGAGGCUGCAUUUGCCUCCAGAUCUGUCAGAGACGGUGAGUCGGGUGAGUAAAACUGAACUGGCAGGAGGAUGUGGUACCGCAGCCACAGGCAACAAGCACCUAGAUUUCUAGCGUAUUCCCAGAGCUCCUGUACUCAUCCCCUCCGUCCAGUGUGAUGUUGGAGGACAGGAGAGAGUUGAAGCUUCAAUCCACCAGCGCUGGGUCAUGGUUACACCUGCACUGACACAGUUACACUCAUUAUAAAUGAGCAUGGUGCGAACUGUUGCUAUCUUUAGAUCUCUCUAGAUCUUGCAAGGAUGUGAUGCAAAAAUACGUCUUUACAAUCUUUAACACAUUUUUGAAAGAGCCACAUUUGGCUUUGUGAUGUUAAUAAGCUUUGCUGGCUCAUAAAUAUUUGCUCACAAUAAAUGUUCUGUGAAAAAUGCCAAAA